AGUACUAACACACAAAGACCCGUUGACUAUCCAUGAUCAAUGAUCGAAUACAUAAACGCAAUCCGAGUUCUUUUUUUAUGAGAAAGCUGUAAGAAAAAAGAACUAUGGAAGAGGAGAGAGUAUCGAUAUGCUCUGAGUCGGGAGCAGUGACAUUUCCUUUAUUGUGCGACGGUGCUGAAAGGAUGGUAGUAGACAGAUCACGUAAUCCUAGCGAUUCAAGAAGCGCAGGAGAGAAGCCAGGUACCGACUCUCGAAAGUCUUCCAAAAUGGACCAAGAAAACCGACCAGAGGCCAUUCUAGUUCACAAUGAGGUACACCCUGAGAGCGACAAGGAAACCCACAACCCGGGGUUCGCUAGAAGUUUAUCUACUCGAGAGAGAAGAGUAACACUGGAGUGGAAAUCUGUGAAUGUAUUUGUGCCGAUUCCAAAACCGUCCAUUUGUAAACGUCUUUGCGGGUCACGAGACGAUGCACCAGCCCCUCAAAUUAGACAAGUUCUCUUUGACGUUAGCGGUAGAGCUGAACCUGGUACUCUUCUGGCUGUCAUGGGAGCAAGUGGGGCGGGCAAGUCAACCCUGAUGAACGUUUUGGCUUAUCGUAACCUUGGCUCCAUCCAAGUGACUGGUGAAGUCAAGGUCAACAAUAAUAACCUUGGUUUGGCAAUUAAUUCUAUAUCAGCCUACAUUCAGCAGGAGGAUUUAUUUAUUGGUACUCUGACUGUCAGAGAGCAUCUCACAUUCCAUGCAUUACUCAGAAUGGAUAAAAAGCAUUCCAAGCAAGAGAGGCUGGAUCGUGUAGAGGAGGCCAUAAAUGAGUUAGGAUUAACUAAGUGUGCUGACACAGUGAUUGGCACACCUGGGCGAGUGCGAGGCAUCUCAGGUGGAGAGAAAAAACGACUAUCUUUUGCAUCUGAGCUCUUGACAGACCCCGCCAUCCUGUUUGCGGAUGAGCCGACGUCCGGUCUUGAUUCAUUCAUGGCGCAGAGUGUGGUGGCGACGCUACAGAGGCUCGCAAAGCAAGGUCGCACUAUUAUCUGUACCAUCCACCAGCCCUCAUCCGAAGUGUAUACCAUGUUCUCAAGCAUCUUGCUGAUGGCAGAGGGGCGCACUGCGUAUCUGGGUCCAGCUGAGGGCGCAAUUCCUUAUUUCGCCAAAUUCGGCCACAUCUGUCCGGCCAAUUUUAACCCUGCGGAUUACUUCGUCAACACCCUGGCUAUCGUUCCUGGCGAAGAAGAGGAGUGUCGUCUCCGGAUUAAGGAAAUAUGUGAUGAGUACGCUAGUAAGACGGAAAGGGGCGACAAGGAAAACUCGCACCACCGCCGGGAUUCUUUCUCGGAUGAAACGGUUAUCUCUCGCUCUCCCUACAAGGCGUCGUGGUGCAAGCAGUUCAGUGCAGUGCUGUGGAGGAGCUGGCUCAGCACUAGACGAGAAGCUAUGCUUUUUCAGAUCAGACUGAUGCAGAGCAUCAUCACAGGUCUGAUUGCUGGGCUCAUCUACUUCCAAACACCUCUCAACACCACCGGAGUUCAAAACAUGUCAGGAGCGAUCUUUUUUCUCGUCACCGGAGUCUCGUUCUCAAGUCUUCAGGCAGUCAUCUUUGUCUUCCCGGCAGAGCUCCCUGUCUUCAUACGAGAUCACAAAAACGGCAUGUACAGGACAGAUGUUUACUUCCUCUCAAAAACACUAGCCGAGCUUCCUGUUUUUUUGUUGUCCCCGCUCCUCUUGUCUGCGAUAGCGUACUGGAUGAUAGGACUACGAGAAGAUGUCUUUAAGUUUCUUAUUUGUUACGCCAUUCUUGUGCUCUUAACUAACGUCGCCGUCUCUUACGGUUACAUCAUAUCAUCGAUGGUGUCCACGGUCGAGGGGGCCUCGGCUCUAGGCCCACCUCUUAUGCUGCCUCUUCUUCUUUUCGGCGGCUUCUUCCUGAAAAACACGUCCGUGCCCGAGUAUUUUGUUUGGAUAAAGUACAUUUCGUGGUUCAAAUACGGCUUUGAGCUCCUUAACCUGAACCAGUGGGAUGGCUUCGGUAAAAUAGGAGAUGGCUGCCAAAUGCCCCCAUUCAUGAAUAGGACAUUCUCCGCCCGUCCCAAUGCCACCGGGCGCGAGCUGUGUAUCCCGGAUGGUAACGCCGCCAUCGAGUUCUUGGACUUAGACAAGGGUAACUUCAUGAUUGACCUGUACGCGUUGAUAGCACUCUUCGUUGGCUUCCGCAUCCUAGCCUUCAUCUUGCUCUUACGUAGAUCCAGCAAAAAGCAGUAACGCCACCACCGUCAUACUCCCAACUCGUAGAUGCUUGUCUUGCGUGACAGGCCGGACUUGUGGAGCCUUGCGUGACACACGAAGCUCGCGGGAUUUUGCAUUACCCGCGGAACUUGCGGGGUUUACGUGACUUCUACGACUCUUGGACUCUGGACCUUAGGGUCGUAAAGAAACAAGGAACUAAAAAAAUUGAUUAUUUAAAAUAAUUUUGUAUUGAAAGACUUAUUCUAUAUCAAUUUCGAAUGUUUUUUAAUAUACUUUUUCGACAAUUUUUACCUGAUUAUUUAUUAGUAAUUAGUAAUCUCACGAAAUUUAUUGUCAGUGUUUUUAAUAAAAUUUAUAAAAUACAGAAACAUUGAUAUUCACUUGUUGACAUAAAGAUUAAAGACAAUAAAGAACUGUAGACUCACAA